AUGGCAGGCCAACAGCAGCAAAUCCUCGAUACCAUCUUCAACAUGAAGAGGAAGAUGUUGCGCAAAGAUGAUUCGGACACAGAAGAUUCCGAAACCGCCCUCGGCAGCAAUAAGCAGGACUUACGGCGCAAAGUCCACUACGCGCGCGCAAGCGAUCCCGACUUUCUCGCAGACCCGCGUCCUUACAAGAAGCGCAUCGAGCACGCCGGUUAUCACAGAUAUAUUUUGCAGCGCAACCCUCCGCGAUACGAUGCCGAUGGUGACGUUGUCGAAGUUGACGACGAAUAUGAAGACGAGGAUGAUGUGGAGCCAGUAGAAGAGAACCCGUACGGAAAUAUACAUCUGGAGAACCUUCUUGCACCAUUGACCUCCGCCGCCGACCUACCAAACCAUCCCGCCUUGAGCGUUGCAUAUACCUCCAGACAUCUCUCCGAUCUUGCCAACGAGGCCGGAGCUCUUUCGCGAAAAGAGCAGAUCACCAAUGCGCGAGCCAAGAACCUGUUUGUGAAACUACAAGGGGAUUCUAUGUUCGCGCCUGCUGCCCUGGCAGCAAUGAGCGAUACACCAUUUCGAAUGCCACGCUCAAGAAUCCCAAGUUGGCGUUUUGAGGAGGGCGAAGACCAGCGCACACAUGACACUGAAAUGCAGGAGGCGGUCGAUGGUGCACAAGACGUGAAUAUGGAGGACGCCGUACAGCCCAAUGGGACUGACCGAGUAGACAAUACUAAUGGAAACGCUGGACCCGAAGCAGUCAACGGUGCCGAACCCGUGACAAAUGGGACACAUACCGGUGAUGCAGAUGAACCGCAAAAGAAUGGCCAGGAAGAGCAUUCUCCGAUGGGCGAAGAUGUGUCCGACACAGCAUCGCAGCAGACGCAUAGGAUGACGACACGCACGCGAGCUCGAGCGCACGCAGCUUCGACCCCUUCUCCUCCUCACUCACCAUCAAGCGAUGUCAACGCGAUACACCCCCUUUUCAUACACCCUACCGAGUCGUUGCCAGACCGCGACUUUGGUCUUCCGCCAAACGAGGCAGAGGAAACGCGCAUGCUUCUUAUGGCAUACGUUCAAAAGCAAGAAGAAGUCGCGCGGAUCACGGCUGACCUCUACCACGGCUUGCUGGAAGCUGACCGUCUGAGGCACGACGUUUUCAAGUGGUCGAAAGCAGAAGGCCAUGUAGGAGAGAUGAGUGAUGGCGAGGAUUGGUAUGAUAACGAGGAAUGGGGCCUCGAACAGGAUCUGGCCAAGGGUCGUGAUGAAGAGGAGGAUGAAACCGCAGUAGCUGGGAAGAAGAGCACAAGACAACGGCGAAAGCCUGACAAGGACGAUAGCACAUUUCCUUCACCCACCAACCCUAGAGCUUCUUUAAAUCGCCACCGCACCAAGCAUGGACUCCAUGAGCGCGCUGUUGUCACAACUUGCAGUCACAUCUUUUGCACCAAUUGUGCAGAUGCUACCAGUCUUUCAAGAUCGACAAAUGCGCAACGAGUCUGUCCAGCAUGUAGCGCGCCGCUUCCUAACCCAGAUGAUGUAGUCAUUGCAGGUCUCAAUCCAUCAGAAGACUACAAGACUUCAGUAUUGAGUGGCCUUAGCCCGACAAUCAUCAUGGAGUGUGCAAGCCGUGGCUUGGCCUUUCAUAGUUACCAGACAUCACAAGAGAUCAUCUACCAAGAGCACCUCGCAAAGGGCCUCACUGAAAAAUAUAACACAUUGAGCCAGCAGAUGGAUCAGCUCAUCCACGAUGCCAAUGCGCAGAUCAAAGCGCUUCAGGACAAGAUGCAAGCUAUGCAAGCAGACCUCGUAGAGCUCGAGACCAAGAACCAUGGAUUUGCGGAAGCCUUCAAAGAAAAGACCAAGGCACACCAGAGAACACAGAAUCUCUACCAGGCACUCAAAGCCCAAGUUAUGGCUUCGCAUGUAGCCCAUGCUGCCGGUGAUGAGGCAGAGUUCGCGCUGAAAUCAGCCCGGGGAGAUCGCUUCAUCGACCGCUUGCCGGGCGCCCGGUCUGGUACUGCGAACUUCAGCCAGACAGGCCCACCACAACAGACAGGCGACAGACUGCAUAAGAGGGUCAUCAGUAGAAGCUCUAGUAGUAGUGGGCGACAGCAGCAAGGCAGCAUUCACGUUGGUCCUCCUUUCAAUUCACAACUGCAUGGACGCGGUCUCGGUAGCAGAGUUCACAGUGGUCUUGAUACACCUUCUCAAUCUCGGAGAAGUCGCCUUCCGGUCCUCGGUGGAACACGUCAGAACCCAUACCUAAAUCAAGAACCAACAUCUUCCUUUCAAAACUCACCAAUGAUCCGACAGCCAAUGGCUGGUGGUUUUUCGCACAGUGGCAAGCCAUCAAGGAGGACUGGUAAUUUCGCCAACACUGGCCCGCUGGGACCAUGA